GUUUGCUUCUAUAGGUCUAAGAAGUACCCUCCAUAGGUUACUCUGAUGUACUGCCCCCCCGAUUUCGAUAGGUAAUCUACAGGACUUACCUUAGCUGGCAUUGGAUUCGUAGACUACCUAACUACUGGGCUCUGUCUCUCUCAUCUUCCUCCCAUAUCUUCCGCCUGUUCCAUUCUCUCCGACCUCAACACUCGCUGUGCGCGAUUACCUCCUCCGAACUCCCUCCUCAUCUGCCGUCCGCAACGACAAUCGCAAUCGCAGUAUGAGGAACUUCCUCGGCAAGCACAGCAACCGGUCAUCGCAUGCGCUCAGUGAGCCGCGAAACUCGUCCAAGACGCCUGCGACUUCAACCCCGACGAACAACAGCCAGACUCCGACAGGCGGUAGUGCUGCGACACCUCAAGCGGCAGGCCACCAGCGUCAACCAAGCCACCAGGCUCAGCAGGAUCAACACUAUCAAGUCCAGCAGCACCAGCAACUCCUCGACGAGGCAGACUCAGCCUCCCACGGCGCCCACUUCGGCCACUCGCACUCGGUCGGUGCCAAUGCCAACGCUGCCAGUGCCAGUCCUGGUGUCAGUGCUAAUGCGAGCGCCAACAAUCCUUCCAGCAUAAACCCCCAUUCAGCCUUGUCCUCGUCCCAUAAUACCGCCUUCAGCUCGAGCGAGUCCUUUGAUUCACAACAGCCGCCUCCCCCCUCUCACUACCUGCAGAAUCAACAGCCGCCGUUACAUCUCCAACAUCCCCAGCAGCAGCAACAACAGCAGCCUCAAGGUUCCUUACCGUUACUGCCCUCCCCCUCCUCCGCUUCCGUUGGCGCCCCUCCCCCGCCGCAUCUUUAUAGCUCGCCUUCAGCCGCCAGUAGCACAACCGGUGCUAACAUUAAUCAACAUCCUCCUUCUUUACAGCAGCAGCAGAGUUCCAACCUUUCCAACGUUGCGUUUGAUCCUCAUCAACCGCAAAGCGAAUUCAAUGACCCGGGCCUGGGUCGUUCGCAGAGUAUUCGUUAUAGCGCUGCCACGCCUUACAACCUCCAGACCUCAUCCGUAGAGGACCUGAACCGUUACGGCCAAAUUCCACCCCAGCAGCUACAACAGCAACAGCAACAGCAGCAAGCACAGGCACAAGCACAGGCACAGGCACAGGCACAGGCACAGGCACAGGCACAGGCACAGGCACAGGCACAGGCACAGGCACAGGCACAAGCACAACAGCAAACAGCUCCUGCUGAGAAGCGCUCGACUCGAAAAUUGAUUAAGGGUAUAUUUUCUGGGUCCAAUCGUGGGGCGUCUGACGGCCAGCACCACCAUAGCAUAAGCAUCGGCCACAAUAACAGCCAAUCCUACGACAAUACUGGCGGCCUUGCACGUCGGCCUUCCAAGCGGACUUCACGAAUUUCGCUCCACAACACCAUUCGCCAAGUUUCUGGUGAGGUAGACCAACAGCAACAUCAGCAGCAGCAACAGCCUUACGAGGACGCCGCCUAUCACCAGAACCAAAGCCAGGCCCCGCUACAGCAGCAGCACCAACAGCAGCCGCCGCAAACCCACGUUCAGGUACAUACGGAGGACCAACAACCACAAAGCGGUUACGAGACGAACGUGUACGACCAGCAACAAUCGCCUCUCAACCCACCACAGCAUUCGCCUUCGCAACAGCCUUAUCAGUUUUCAAACGCUCAACAGCAAGGCAACUAUCACCAGGGUGGUAAUCAAGGUGGAGAUCUACGAUCAGCUCCCGCACACUUAGGCCCCAGCGCACAGUUUCAGAACCCUGAAACAGUCUCUCAGUUCUCGCAUGAAUCGCCUAUCGCCGACUCGGACCAGCGUUCGGCCAAACUGCAAUCAGCAACCAACUCGCCUGCUGUGAACCACGCCCUGUAUAUACAGAAUCAAGGUUCAACCCCGAGCCUCCCUCCUGCUCAACAGACAACUACUCAACCACAGCAACCCGGUAUGGCACCACCUACCGGAGGACCUCCAUCCGCGCGCCGUCCUGACUCCGAUAAAUUGCGUGGGCAGGCCGAUGUCCCCGGUGGCCCGCCUCCCACUUACCGUCCCGCCAACUCUAUGAACAACAUGAACCCGCUACCUCCCGUGCCGCCGCAGUCGGCCGGGCAGUCACCGGCUUACCGUGGCGAUCGCCCAUCUCCGUAUGAUGGUCAAACCGUGGAUCAAGGACGGGACAGCCCCCAGCCAGUAUCUGCAGUCCCAGCUGAGGCUGGCGAAAACGACAAGUCUUUCAAGGACCUGUUGACCAAAUACAAGAACGUCAAGCGACUCUACUUUGAUGGUAAGGGACAGAUUGAGGCGCUCAAUGGUCAAAUCGUGCACCUCCAGAAUGCAGUCGCCAACCAGCGCAUGUCGCAAUCGCGUACCGCCCUCGAUGACAGUGAAUACUCGACACGAUUUAACCGACUCAAUGGUGCCAUUAACAACCUUUCGUUCAACAUUCGAAAAGAUUGGCGGUGUGUGCCGCAAUGGCUUGACAAGUAUGUCAGCACAGAAGCACUCAAGACCGGAAAGGCUGAGAUGACAGCUAUUGGACGCGCCGUCAUCUCGCGGUGGAUCAUGGAGGAGGUGUUCAACAAAUGUUUUCACCCUGGAUUGGAUGCGCAGCUAAGCCAGUCUCUCAAGGAGAUUGAGCUGGGCAUUCGAAGCAACACGCACACUUUGACUAGCCAGGAAGAGUUCGAAGCCUUGACGAACAAGAUUGUGAGCUGGCGAAUGACAUCAUUGGACGGUUUGCACCGACAGCUUAACUCACCAGCUGCGAACGACAAUCGCAAUGCAUUUAUCGCCAAGUCAACGACAUCCCUGACAAACUGUCUUUACCAGUUCCUUUGCAACCCGCCACCACCUGGUGUGGAUGGCAGCGCAUCGAUGAUUGUGGAGCUUGCUGUGGGCAUUGCAGCCAACCUCCCCCUGGAGAGUCGGGAUGUGGCCAUUACCUACCCGCUACCUGGAGAGAUCGUCCAGCCGCAUGUAAUGGAAGUUGAAAAGGCGGCCUUGCCAGUCUUGGAGGCUCAGAAGGGAGAGGGAGAUGGCGACGAUAAGGACGGCGACGAUGAAAAGAGCGGCAAAGCUAAGACUGGUACGUUGAAUAAUGCAGCCCCGCCCGAGAGCGGGGAGGGUAACGAUGCUUCAAAGAGCACAAGGAUGGAUGCUGACAAGGUCACUUUUGUAGCGGCCCUGCCGAAGGACUCGAACAGGGUGCGAUUUGCAGGAUUUAUGGCGUUGGAAGUACGAGGAAGACAAGUAUUGAUGAAGGCGCCUGUCUGGACUCUGUGAGGACAAGUGCUUUGAGUAUAU